UCCCGGAAGACGUUUUACGUGACGCUGCGCCAUCAUGAAACAUGGCUGACGAGAAAAACACAAACAUGGGAGUCGACAGAGGAGAGAGUAAACCGGGUUCGAGCAGAGCCGAGCCGCUCAGAGAGGAAGCUACCCGGAGAGCAGAGCACCGGGGCAAGAUGGAGGGGGAGAGCCGCGCCACGGCGGAGUACUGCGAGCAGCUGCAGGCGUGGAUGUGGCAGUACUACACCGGCUACGUGAACUGGCAGAGCUGGCUGGCAGCGUCAGCCAUGUCCUAUCCUCAGUAUUUACAGUCAUCCGGCGGCACAGCGACGUCCUCCCUCGAUUUAAUGUCCCCGCACUGGUACAACAGUCCGUUUGCUCUCCCGUUGUCGCCUUACCCAGCGGCCGGGGCCUCGCCGAGCAAUGGCCGGGCAGGGGAGGCUGCAGGCGGGGCAGCAGCAGCCGGUCAGCCGCUGCAGCAGCCGCAGGAGAACGGAAACCCACCGAGACCAGGCCGAGAGUAUAACAUUCCUUCGCCUCUUCAGAGACUCCUGGCUGAGAUGGUGGAUUUCUUCAUUUUGUUUUUCAUCAAAGCAACGAUCAUCAUUAGUAUUAUGCACCUCAGUGGAAUCACGGAUGUUUCCAAGUUUGCCAUGCAUUUCAUCGUGGAAGAAAUAGAUGAGGACACAUCGAUGGAGGAGCUACAGAAAAUGAUGCUUGUGGCCCUUGUGUACCGGAUAUUAGUGUGUUUCUAUGAGGUUGUGUGUAUCUGGGGAGCAGGAGGAGCCACUCCAGGGAAGUUUCUCGUUGGACUCAGGGUCGUUACAUGUGACUCAUCAGUUCUGGUUCAGCCUAACAGGGUGCACGUAGUGCCAGCAACUAACGUCUCUCUGACUGCAUCAACCGUCAGAGCCUUGAACAAGAACUUUUCUAUCGCCUUCUUUUUCCCGGCCUUCAUCACACUUCUGUUCUUUCAGCACAACCGGACUGUGUAUGAUAUGGUAGCUGGUACAAUAGUUGUCAAGCGCUCCAGGGCCAGAUGACGCUGAAGAGCCCACAGGAGAGCGGUGCAGUGAUGCUGAGCAGGCACUGUGUGAUGAUGGUCUUUGAGAAAAGCCAGCAGAACUCCUCAGGCACUGUCCAGGUCUGACCACGCAACAGCAUCGAGGAGCUGGCAGAGAGAUUGAUACUCAUCAAUAUGAACUGUUUUACUUUCCGACAACCUCAGUUUGGUUUGUCUCUGACAAACUGUAUUUAUGUCUAUAUGCCACUUUCAGAAUUUGUUCCUGUGCCAAAGUUUGUCUCCACCGAAGACAAGAAUACGCUCUUCAAUAACACAUGAUUCGUCUCUUUUUCAAGCUCUUGCAAACUGAGGGUGAACGUCUUCUAUCGCACAGUAUUUAAGUUAAUAACAGUGCAAACAUGAGAUUAUUCCUGCAGUAAAACUUUGCGUUGAAAACUGACACAAGAGCUGUGUACUCAGACUUUUGGAGUUGACGCCUCAUGCGCAGCUGCUGUAAAACUCUGGUUUAAAGGGACAUUUAAAUUAAUUUAAAGGAAAACCUGAGCACAAGUACUUUUCAUUCACACGCAUGUGUGCGACUGAAAGAAUAAAGAUGUAUUAUAUAUUUUAUGUGAUUAACCUUUUUUUGUUUUGCAUUUAACAAGAUUAAAUGAACCCACCACUAAUUACCUGCAAGAUGAGAUGUCUUUCAGCUGUUUGUUGGCAGUUUGAUAAUUCUUAUGUUAUGAUACUAAUUCAGAGGCCACAGUUUGUUUUCUGAUCUAAAAAUGCAUUGACUCAUUAAUGUUACAAUACUGUUUGCAUUAUGUAAUGAGGGUAUACUGGCAUCAAAAAGAAUUCAGACUCCUGCACCUUUUGCACACUUUUAGUUCAAGGAGGUUUUAAUCAAUGCUUGUUUGUUUGUUUGUUUGUUAUUCUGCGGAGGGAUGAGUGGGUCAUCACCUCAGGAGAAACCCAUUUGAUUUUGAUGUGGAUUAGAGGGCGGAUACAGGAUUUCCCCUUUCUUAAACAUUGUGUUUUACAUAAUCUUCGUUCAUUUCUCUAAGAAGAAUUCAUGAAAUUUGAAAAAAAUUAAAAUCAGCCACGUCUAGGACAGAUAUUUAUGAGUGAUCCCAAUUCAGAUCCACAUAGAAAGUAUGCAGUAAAUGUAUAUGUUGUUUCAUAAGGGCACCGUUGGGCCUUGGCAGGACUGUGAGCUCUACUCAGUGUUUAUCCAGUUGUAUGUGGAUUUCCUUCCAUAUCUCUACACUCAGUAAUCCAUGAUGAAAACGUGAAACACAGAAGUCAAAGUCCGCUCCAAGAUACUUGGUCCCUCUGGCAGCAAUUACAGCCUUAAGUCUUCUUGGAUAACUCUACAAACUUGUCUCAUCUAGAUUUGUAAAGUUAGUUUCAUUCCUACCUGCAUAUCCUCUCGGGCUCUGUCUGAGUGGAUGAGAAGUGUUGGAAGUGCCGUCCUCAUGUUUAGGUUUCGGCUUCAUCUGGGCCACUCAAGGACAGACACAGACUUGUCCCCAGAGCCAGUAUAGUGUGGUCUUGGAUUUACGCUUUGGAUUGUUAUUGUUCGGAGGGUGAAUCAGCCACAGUCUCAGGUUGUUUGCCCUCUGGAGGAAUCGUUCUAUGAACCCAUUCUUUUGAUUUAUCUAUUUGAUCUUCUCAGAGAAAAGGAAAUUCUAAAAAAACACAACAGUAAUCGUUGUCUUCGUACCUGCUUGAGUUUGGCUCCACCUAGUGUAAACUAGUUGAUCAAAUACACAUUUUCACAUGACGUACCAAGGAGGAUAAGUCCACUGCAUUGUUAUAUAUCCUCCUUUAUCAUCACAGAAAAUAAACCACGUCAUCCUAU